AUGGCCGGAGCCAUCAUACUGGACGUCGUGAACACUUUCGAUGUGCGACCAGGCGAUCCUAGGAUAGAGCUCAUCGAAGAGGCCAUGCAUACAUCCAUGGAAAUUAUCACUGCGGGUGUAUAUUUAGUGGACUUGGUACCCAUUUUGAAGCAUCUUCCAUCUUGGUUUCCUAGGGCUGGUUUUAAGCAUCAGGCCGCCAAGUGGAAGACUCUUGUGGAUGGUAUGUACGAGAUUCCUUAUAGUCAACUUAAUACAUCGAUGCGAGAGGGCAACGCAGAGCCUUGUUUAGCCGCCACCUUGCUUUCCAGAAUUGAGGAUACCGAAGAUGCGACAGACUUUGACAACGUAUUCAUGUCUGUGACUGGGACUAUCUACGGAGCUGGUGCUGAUACAACAGUGGCGGCCCUCACCACAUUCGUCUUGGUCAUGACUAUGUUCUCGGUCACACAGCUCGCAGUCCACGAAGGACUUGAUCGAGUCCUGAGCAGGAAGCGCCUGCCCGAGAUGGAAGAUCGAGGGUCUCUGCCUCGCAUCACUGCUAACCUUUAUGAGCUUCUACGGGCUAUAUUACGCGAUACGAACACCUACCCUGAUCCUGACACCUUAAAGCCAGAGCGGUUCCUCAACGAAGACAGAUCGUUGAGGAACGAUGUGCCAUAUCCUACUGAAGCAUUUGGUUUCGGCCGGCGGAUCUGUCCAGGACGCCACUUCGCACAUGAUAUCAUGUGGUUGGACAUUACGAACAUCCUCGCUGUCAUCAAAAUUGAACAUGCCAUCAACGUCAAAAACGGGGACGAGCUCGCGCUGAAAGGAGAGUUUACUCCCCGUUUCAUCAGUAUGCCAAAACCUUUCAAGUUUACCCCACGUUUUCCGAAGGCAGAGACCCUAAUUCAGGUCUCUGCUUUUGCUGAUUGA